UUUUGUGUCUUUAUUAAGUAACUUUUUUAAGUACCCUAACAUGACGUCAUCCCUUCAGUUCUAACAGCAUCUCGUCUCUUCACGUCUCAUUUUUACAUGAUUUCCCCGCGUCCAGUGAAGGGUUGUGUUAUCUCCGAGGGCCCGUGAAGGCAGCAGCAGCCCGUCCUCUAAUCCAGCAGCAGAGAGCUCCUGUUCUCCCCAACAGCAUUAGCAACAUUGUCACAUUAUUCAGAGCUUAUAACGCGUUAUAAGGCGUCUACCGACGGCUUGUUCAUCAUGUUGAACCAGCAGAGGUCCGUGUCCGAGCUGCCCAAGAUGUCUGCGGCCAGCCAGGUGGAGAGAGCCGUGCUGGAGGAGGAGUUCAACUGGCUGCUGAAAGAAGAAGUCCACGCCGUCCUGAAGCAGCUGCAGGACGUCCUCAAGGAGGCCUCCAGGCGUUUCUGCAUGCCGACUCCAGGUCUGGAGAGUCAGAUGAAACAGGAGAACUUCAUCCUCGGCAGCUCAACGAUGGACCAGGUGAAGGGAGUUCUGACUCUGCAGGGAGAAGCUCUGACUCAGGCUGACAUCAACCUGAAGGUGGCAAAGAGCAGCCAAGUCAUGCACUUCCAGUUCAGAGAGGACAAACUGUGGAAGCUGCAGCAGAUCCAGGAUGCCAGGAACCAUGUGACCCAGGCCCUCCAGCUGCUGAGCAGCAGAGACGACAGCUACCACUUUAAGACCGGAGCCGAGGUCAACAAGCUGAUGGAUGCUGUGAUGCUGCAGCUGACCAGAGCCAGGAACCGUCUGACCACGCCCGCCUCCAUGACGCUACCGGAGCUGGCCACCAGCGGACUCAUGAAGAUGUUCACUCCUCCCAUGCCUGGAGACGUGAUGGUCAACUUCUACAUCAACUUGAGUAAACUGUGUCUGACGGUGUACCAGCUCCAUGUGCUGCCUCCCAACACCACCAAGAACUUCAAGCCGGCAGGAAGCUCGGUGUUACACAACCCAGGAGCUAUGUUCGAGCUGAACAACAACAGGUUUGAAGUGAGUCACGUCCAUAAGGUGGAGUGUGUUGUUCCCUGGCUCAACGACACGCUGGUCUUCUUCACCAUCUCCCUCCAGCUCUGCCAGCAGCUCAAAGACAAGAUCUCUGUCUUCUCCAGUUUCUGGAACUACAGACCGUUCUAACCUGGUCCUGUCCGUCCACCAGAGACCAACCACCGAGUGCACGUCUGUAUUACUAAGUGCCAAGUCUGAGUCUCCUAGUCGUCAUGACAACUCGGAUGCUGGUUUCAGGAUCUAAACUCUGAUUCUUCUGUUUGACGUUAACGAGGCGUUAGAGGGACGUUGGAGCUGGGCUACUGCUUCCUUUUGUUGUUGUUUUUGUUAUUGUUUAUUUCCCAAUUGUGGCGGAAAUGACACAACUUACAUUCCUUGUUUGUUACUGCAGGAAUAUAAUAUUAUAUAAUAUAAUAUAAAUGAUAAGCUACUUGUCGUGUCUGCUCUAUGUUCAUAUUUAUUUUACACUUUUUUUGCACAUUAAAUAUGUUUUUGAUUCCCUGUGAAUGAGAUGCUAAUCCAAUCAUGAACAAAUGAAUUAAUUCCAGUAAGUGUUAAUUUUGAAAAGCUGCCUCUCGAAUAAAAUGUGGAAAUUAUUUAUCUGAUGUCUGUGCAAUAAAAUAUUCCAAACAAUAA